AAUCAUACACCACAAGGGCCCGCACCCGUCUCUCCCUCUCUCUCCUCGGCUCCACACUACUAAGCAGUAUCGAUGGCCCCCUCCCACAUGGGAUGUGCAUGCACCCCCACUAUGCCAGUUGCCCUAUAUAUAAAACCGCCUGGACCGACCGGAGUCCCACUAGCUCCACUCCACCACACACACCGCGCAGCUAGCUGUCACCGGAGCAAGAAGGAAGAAAAACCAGCGGCACCGAUCGAUCGACGACACGCGCGCGAUCGAGGUGAGGAGCGAAAGAAAAGGUGGCCUUUUCGAAGCCGCCGGACGGAGUGUAGCGCUAGCUAGCUCCCCAGGCCGGAGAGGAGGAUGGUGGGACGAGGAGCGGCGACGGCCCUCGUGUGGGCGGCGGUGGUGGCGGUCGCGACGGUGGUGUCGCGGGCGCAGCAGCUGCAGGUGGGGUUCUACGACACGCUGUGCCCGGCGGCGGAGAUCAUCGUGCAGGAGGAGGUGAGCAAGGCGGCGUCCGGCAACCCCGGCGUCGCCGCGGGCCUCCUGCGCCUCCACUUCCACGACUGCUUCGUCAGGGGGUGCGACGCGUCGGUGCUGCUGGACUCGUCGGCGGGCAACCAGGCGGAGAAGGACGCGGCGCCCAACGCCAGCCUGCGCGGGUUCGAGGUCAUCGACAGCGCCAAGACGCGGCUGGAGCAGGCCUGCUUCGGCGUCGUCUCCUGCGCCGACGUCCUCGCCUUCGCCGCCCGCGACGCCCUCGCGCUGGUCGGGGGCGACGCGUACCAGGUGCCGGCGGGGCGGAGGGACGGCAACGUCUCCUCGGCGCAGGAGGCGGGCGCGAACCUGCCGCCGCCGACGGCGAGCGCGAGCCAGCUGACGCAGGCGUUCGGCGCCAAGGGGCUGAGCCAGGCCGAGAUGGUGGCGCUGUCGGGGGCGCACACGGUGGGCGCGGCGCGCUGCAGCUCCUUCGCGCCCCGCCUCUACUCGUACGGGCCCAGCGGCGCGGGGCAGGACCCGUCCAUGGACCCCGCGUACCUGGCGGCGCUGGCGCAGCAGUGCCCGCCGCAGGGGACCGGCGCCGCCGACCCGCCCCUCCCCAUGGACCCCGUCACGCCCACCGCCUUCGACACCAACUACUACGCCAACCUGGUCGCCAGGCGCGGCCUGCUCGCCUCCGACCAGGCGCUGCUCGCCGACCCGGCCACCGCCGCGCAGGUGCUCGCCUACACCAACAGCCCCGCCACCUUCCAGACCGACUUCGUCGCCGCCAUGAUCAAGAUGGGUGCCAUACAGGUGCUCACCGGCACAGCCGGCACCGUCCGGACCAACUGCAGGGUGGCUAGCUAGCUAGCUCAUCCAUGAGAAUGUACCUGUAGACUCAUGUGCUUAAAAUCAUACGACGAAACUGUACGUACGGCGUAGAGUGGUGUGGCGGGGUCCAAUGAUUCAGAUUGUACGUACGUGUCCAUCGAUCCAACUGUAGUUGUGUACGCAGUACAGUACGUGCUAGCUACGGAUCAGUUGCUUAUAUAUAGCUUGUGCGUUUUUUUACACUUUCUUUUGUCCUUUUGGUUUAUAAUUUUUAUUAAGAUAUACAAAUAUUUCUCUUCAGAUUCGGAUCGAAUACAAAUAUUAAAAAUGGUUCGUUCUUUUUCA